AUGGCCGUGGCUCAUCACAUUAUCAGCUCUCAAUCUCUCGAAGAGGAACUUCGUCGCUUUUGGGAGGUUGAAGAACUCCCACGACAAUCAAUUCUUACGCUGCAAGAAAAACAGUGUGAAGAGCAUUUCUGCUCGAUUCAUUCUUGCGAUUCCGACGGACGGUACAUCGUUCGUCUGCCGUUCAAAACGAUUCCUCCGAUCGAUAUCGGUAAUUCAAGAUUCCGCGCCGAAAAAAUGUUAAAUUCACUAAUACGGAGAUUUCGUGAUAAACCCGAGAUAGCGAAAGAAUAUUCCGAACUUAUCUCCGAAUAUCAACGUCUUGGGCAUAUGCGCCCAGCGCCGAUGCCUCAAGGUGACAUCGAACAAACUGUCUAUCUCCCGCAUCACGGGGGGAUCCGGGAAAGCAGCUCAACCACGCAUCUUCGCGUAGUUUUCAACGCUUCGAGCGUUACUUCGAACGGCACAUCCUUAAACGAUCAUCUAUACGCCGGUCCUAAAUUACAAACCGAUCUCAUGUCGGUAAUAUUACAGCGGCACCGCUAUAAAUACGUGUAUUUAUCCGACAUCGCGAAAAUGUAUCGCCAAAUUCUAAUCGAUCCUUGCGAUACAAAUUAUCAGCGGAUUCUGUGGAAAUCAUCGUUCUCGGAACCUCUUAUCAAUUAUCAACUCAUAACGGUUACGUAUGGAAUGGCAUGUGCCCAGUUUCUUGCCCUUCGGGUAUUAAAACAACUAGUCAUCGACGAAGGUCAGCACUUUCCGCUCGCAGUUCCUAUUCUGAGCGAUAAUAUCUAUGUCGACGACCUACUCUUCGGAGCUGAUACAAGUUGA